AUUGACGGGAAAUCGUAGAUUCGUCGCGUUUCACAUUGUUUGAGAGACUAUCUUAACCUGGUUCCCAAGUCGUCAUUCUGUAAAAGCUUUUGAUAUUCGUUUGCCAUUCGAUUUACAGUGCACGGCGGAAAUUCACCCUAGAUCCAAAAACAGAUACGGAAUCGACGUGCUAAGUAGAAAGUGGAAGUGCUUCCGCGUCGGUUAUUUGCCACAGAGUCGUUGCGGGGUUUAACGACUAAUAAAGGGGCCUGUGCGAUACAUGGACGAUCCUAACGCGAAAGAUGAGCCGAUGGAUGCCCUAACUAUACAUACUCAUGCGAUGCGUUAUUUCAAGGAUGAAAAUAUUGUAAGCGUUGUUCUUAAGGAAGAACCAGGUGAAAGAUUCGAGCCCGACUACAUGGAGGAUAUCUGUUCUGGAACCUUUGAGAAGGUGUUCUUGCCGAUUGAAAAUCAUGAUGUCGAUUUUCCAGAUGAAAUGGUAAAACUGGAAAUUGACGGAGAAGCAAGCACUCAUCAGAAUUGGGCUGCAGAGAUAGCAGCUGCGAAUUUGUGCGAUAAGGACAACGAGGCAAUGCAGAGGUGUUUAAUGAAUCCAGAAUUUGGACAGAUUAGGCAAGAAGAAGAGACCACAAAGCAUAGCACCUUUGCCAGUGUUGGAGGUAGCAGUGGUGGGAGCAGUACGCAACAGCCCAAAUUCUAUAAAAUACAAUGUUCGAUCUGUAAAAAGUGGUUUUUGAACAAUGACUCGAUGAUUACCCAUCUGAGAACGCAUUGCAGCGGUAACCAAUGCGGGGUAUGCGAGCAGAACUUUCAGGAUAAAUCAAGCCUCCAUGCCCACAUGCUGACACAUGUCGGUAUGAGCCCAUUGGAAUGCAAUAUUUGUCAGAAGAGAUUUGCCUACAAAUGGUGCCUGCGAAACCAUAUGCAGGUACAUGGAGUAGACAAGACACAGUACGACUCGUGCGAGCCACCCCCUCAGGAGGGAUUCCCGAAGAUUCCAAGUCUGGAGCCUCAGGCAAUUCGCACAGAGGACCGGCCCUACGAGUGCGACGUUUGUCGGACUACCUUUCGAGAGAAAGGCAACCUCAACCGGCACAUGCUGAUCCAUACCGGGGAGCGUCCAUUCAAGUGUAAUGUAUGCUUUGCAGCUUUUCGAGAAAAGUCAAAGCUGAAUGUUCACAUGCCAAUCCAUACCGGGGCCAAGCAAUAUAAAUGUACGAUGUGCUAUAGAUCAUUUGCUCAGAAGACAGCACUAAAUAACCACAUGCUGGCACAUAGUGGAGAGAAACCGCAUGCUUGUGGUAUCUGCGAAAAGACGUACAAGCGGAAAAGCGAGCUGAUACGACAUACCAUGGUGCACACUGGAGAACGGCCCUACGAGUGUAAAGAGUGUCUCAUGACGUUCCGAGAGAAGGCCAAGCUCAACUCGCACAUGUUGGUGCACACUGGUGAAAAGCCACACGAGUGUCACAUAUGCCACAAAGCUUGCGCCCGUAAGUCUGAUUUGAAUAGCCACAUGCUUUUGCACACCGGUGGUCAGUAUGAUUGCAAGGUGUGCGACAAGAUUUUUACCAGGAAGUCCGACCUGAAUCGGCAUACGCUGAUACACACCGGGGAGAAGCCGUAUGCUUGUGACCUCUGCGAUAUGGCCUUCCGGGAGAAGACCCGUCUAAAUUCGCACAUGUUGGUGCACACUGGUGACAAGAGGCAUGCCUGUCACAUCUGCCAGAAAACCUUUCGUGAGAAGUCAGCCCUUAAGAAGCACAUGUUAGUGCACGCCGGUGACAGGCCGUACGAAUGUUUUGUUUGUCAAAAGGCAUUCACCCUCAAGACUACCCUGAACAGUCACGUGCUGAUCCAUUCGGAGGACAGACCCUAUGAAUGUGGCACUUGUCAAAAGAUAUUCAGGGAUAGGCUGGCAUUGCGCAAACAUCUUUCGGUGCAUGCAGCGGAAAAGGCCCUCGAGUGCCCUGUCUGUUUGAAGAAGUUUGUCCAUAAAACUGCGCUUCAGAAUCACGUGUCAUCUAAUCAUUCAUCCUGAAGCGAUCUAGUCUGUUGUCCCUUCGUUUUUUUCUCUCCGUUUUCGUUUCUCUGUCGCUAUGUUGCAUAGAAGCUUGGAAUUGUGCAUUGAAAUUCAGUCAGUCAUCGAGUGACAUAAAAUUGACUUUACCUUAACCUGGCUAAAUACCGUGGUGGGACAGUGAGGACGAUACAGGCAUUUGUUUCAUAUACAGGUAACAUACGGUGCGGUCAAUACGGAACCCAGUGUACACAACUUGGAAAACCCGUGGACCAAAUAGACUUAAGCUAUAGGUACCCGAAGUUUAUAAGUUGAUUACGAAUAGUGUAUCCCGCGAUUGCCGAAAGGGAAACGUCUUCCUAGUUGUCUCCAAGACGGUUGGGUUUAUAUGGGUUCGGUUAGACGUACCGAGUUUCCUUACAUGGCUAAAUCAGUGUGGUAUAUGUUAAAAAAAUCCUUAAUUAAUUAACAACCGAAUCACAUAAGAGUUACGUUAAACGGUUGCAAUCGAAAGCAGUGUUCUUCUCGCUUGUGAAAUAAAAUGUUUUCCCUCUGAAAUUGGUUUGGAGCCAUGAUAUAUCACAUUUGGAUAUAUUUUUAUAUAAGCGAACACGCAUAGUGAAGCCAAGCAACGGCUCAUUAGUUAGUAGAUCGGGAUUAUUUAACGAGUUCGAGGCCUUCCUUUUUUCUUGAUAAUACUUGUACAAAAAUCGAAUAAGUUAAUUCAUUAAGGUCACCAUUAAAUGAACGACAUAAGGUAGGAUAACCAUGAAAUCAAUUUAUUUGUAAAUAAAUGAUACGUCAUUGGAA